AAAAAAGCAUAAACCUACGUGUGCCAUAGAUUAUACAUAUACUACAAAUAGACUGCUCUUUGCUGCUCUACCACAUUAAAAUGUAUUAUCUAUGUGCAUGUGCUCUACUGUCAAAAUUGAUAGUACGAAAUUCAUUUUACAUAAUUUAAUUUACAUUGAUAACAUAACCAGUUUUAUUAUGAAAAGCAGAGGUACAAUUCUUUAAAAAAUAAAAUAAAUAAACUGUUCACAAUGCAUAGAAAUAUUGCGAAGCUUUUAAGAUACUUCGGUCGUGACUUCAGAACAAAUAGAUCAUUCAGUAAUAAAAUUGAUGCAAGUGAAAAUGAGCCUAUCAAAUUUUCUACUAGUCAAGCUUCAAGAAAGUCAGCUAGACCUUUAGUUAAAAGGGUAAAUGUAGAUAUGCCGUGGUACCAGCCUUUUUCAGUAGUUGGGAGUGUUGCAGUAUUCCUUAUAUAUUUCUGUGUGCUGCGAGAAGAAAAUGAUCUAGAUCUUGAAUUUAACAAAACACUUUAUGAUAGAAUAAAGGGUCUAGAGAAAGAACAACUUCUGCAGUCAUAUAGAUUCAAUAAGGAACAUGGUAAAAAUGUUGAUGACAUAGAAAGGAGACUUAAAGAAUUAGAAGAACAAGAAAAUAAACUCAUUAGCCCAUAGCUGUGUAAGUGAAGCUGUAACAAUAUUUUAAAUAACUUGAUUAUUUCAAUGUAGAUAUCACAUUGAAUUAUGUAAACAUAGUCUAAUGUGUCAUUAGGUAAAUAAACAAUGCCAGUCUA